UUCGCCGCGUGGGGAGUCACAUUCUAGUGGUAACAGUCGACGGGGCGACGACGAAGGUUUCCUUUCAUGAAAAGUUGUUUCUGAGACGGGAAAACGCGUUUUCCGGUACCGAGUUCCUUAAGUUACUGUGCAGUGUCGAGUUUCCUUGUGUAUUAUUGUGGAAUUUCCUACGUGUAAUAAUUUGAACCAGUACAUUUGCGGUAUUGUGAUCAGGACAACUAGCGACAAGGAGUGCUUAAAUCCUUACGAACCGAUGAAUAAAAUCCCUUGAAAAGUUUGAUAUGAAUUUUGAAGGAAUUCCGACCAUAUUUGAAUGAAAGUGUGAAAAGUGCUGAAUAAUAUAUUGUGCAACCAUUGGAGGGACGCUGUUACUAGCGAGGAUAGAGAUUGUGUUGAUAAAGUGGUUUCCAAUUGAAAUGGUGGAUGGGAAUUAGACAAAGUAUUUAAACGAAAAUAUAGGGUGCUUUUCAAUAUGAUGGACGUGAGCAUGUACGGAAAUCCCUCAAAUAAUUAUCACAGCUCCGAUGUGGGAGCAGGCGGAUACACUUACUUCCCAGCCUCAUCGCAUCAUCAUCUGCAUCAUCACAAUCACUUACAGUAUAACGCUCAUAACCAGCACAAUCUGGGGACAAACGAUACAAAUAUCUAUCACAUAAGUAGCUCUGCGGCGGGAGUAGUAGGAACUGGUUGCUCAACCCCAAAUUUACCUAACAAUAGUAAUAAUAACAAUAAUAUAAUUAACGCCAAUAGUUCUAACAACUCCCUCAUCACAACAUCAACCAGCCUAGGAUCAAAUUCUAUCUAUCACUCGCAUCUUUAUAGUCCGACGGCCGCUGAGUAUGGAAUAACCACUACUACCCCGCAGCAUCCAUCAAGCAGUUCACCAAGUGAUUCAUAUUAUGAUAAUGACAGUGUUCAAUCCUACUACAAUCCCGCGACUGGUCAACAGACCACGGUGAUCCAGGACCCACAUAUCAUUAGUUCGGAAAAUGGAUUAAGCUACACAAAUCUGGAUUGCAUUUAUAACCAAAGCCCGCACACAGUGUCUAAUACGAGCUACCUCCACACGGCGGAUGAGAAAAUUUCGCUUUCUUCCACCCAUUACAAUCUAGCGGAUGAUCUUCUGGUGGCAACUGGUCAGCCAGGACAACAUGGUACCCUUCCCAGUCACGCCACCUGGCAUCAUGCCCCGCAUUUGCAACACGGUGGAUAUAGCACUGUCGAUAAUUCCUUGGCUCAUCAAAUGGGUCUGGACACGUUAACAACAGGUAUUCCAGGCAGACAGCAGAUCAAUGCUCUAACGUCGCCGGGAUCAAUGAAUCGAGGACACCUUUCACCGGGAGGAACAUCAAAUCAACAAAUGUCUUCACAACAGCAACAGCAAACUGUGCCGACUUACAAAUGGAUGCAAUUGAAGCGGAAUGUGCCAAAACCACAAGCGCCUAAAUUGCCCACUAGUUUGCAUGAGUUUGGUCAACAGUUGGAUGGUUGUCGAGUUCUUCCUGGACAAGCAAACAACCCGCUUCUCCUGGCUGGCACCAACAACAACUCCGGACGAACGAACUUCACUAACAAGCAACUGACUGAAUUAGAAAAAGAAUUUCAUUUCAAUCGAUACCUGACGCGAGCCCGUCGUAUAGAAAUUGCAAACACGCUUCAACUAAACGAAACUCAGGUUAAAAUCUGGUUCCAGAAUCGACGAAUGAAACAAAAGAAACGAGUGAAAGAAGGCUUGAUACCUGCCGAGCCAAUUAAUCAAUCAACUUCCACCGGUCACACUGCAACGGCUCUUGGUACUUCAACGCCAACUACCAGCAAUGGCGUACAGCACCAACAGCAAUCUGCACAGACUCAGCAGCAACAAUCCCAGCAACAGCAACAACAAGCCUCGACGCAACCGACCACGAUAGAGAAUAGCCUACCGGGCAGUAGCGAAAACAGUAGGGAGUCCAACUAGUUCCAGUCUUUAUGUCGAUUGAUGACUGCUAGAAAUAAAUUUUGAUGAAGGUCUAUUUGCGGAUUAAUCGGUGUUUGUCGUGAUUCGCGAAAAAUUAAUUGUUUUUUCCUCUUAAUUCAAAUUCAGUUAUGAGAAAGUUGCUGUGAAAGUCAAUCCAAGGAAUAUUCAGGGUUUUACAGCAGUUCAGACUCAAACCCGAAUGAUUACUGACGGCAUCUAGUAGAGAGUUUACUUUUGUAGAAUUUCUUUUGUUUUUAAUAGUUCCUCGCUUCCCUUCAAGUUUCUCAGGUUCCGCUGAAGAAAGCAGGAAAUGGCUGAUCGAAAUACGUAUCUGAAGUAAAUAAGAACAAUAAUCGACUUGAAGGACUUGAGGAAAUUUUAAAUUAUGAUUUGUUAUAUAUUCGUUGCAAGGAGAGUAUACACACGAGAUCCAACUCCCAGCACAUUCUUAGAAAUUUCAUGGAGACGGAAAAGUCCUGCGCUCGUUCGACCGCGCCGGGAAUUGCGUGAGACAAAUUAUGCACACAAAAGCUACUGUUAGUGUAUUGUACAUGAUGCAGUGCAUUGGUGUGCGCACAACGGGAACCAAAGCCAGAGUUUCCUUAAAGAUUAAUUUCGGAUUAAUGGUAAUGGAUCUUAAUGGAAUCACUAAAUGAAAUAUGCUUCAAAAUUCCUCUAUGGGAAGUUUCGUGGAAGCAAACACGUGCAAAAUUCUCGACUAUAGGUCGAUGUUUGCUCUCCUAAGAAGUGUGGAGGAAAUAAGUAGAUGCAUCCAAGAUCCAUCUUUCCAUCUAGGCAACAUUGACACACCAAUACCACUCACCUUCCUAGUCCCUAGUUGCUCCUCCUGUGUGUAUAGUCUUCUUGAUUCAUUGUAAUCAAGUCAAACACCGUGAAUAAUACUAACAGUUGAAGCAUCAAAUUAGCACUUUGAAAUGGUCAAAUGACAUAAAACUUCUCAAUCUCCCGAAUUUAGGAGUCGUUUCAAUACAGUCAAAUACCUUCAUCAAAAUAUACCAGAACUGUCUGAUUAAAGAACCAUAAAACUUAAGUCAAAAUGUGUUAAACUAGUCUCAAAAAAUCAUUUAUUUAUCUAAAAGUAUCUUUCUGUAUAUAAUGUAAAAAUUCUGAACUAAAUUUUGAUUAGUAUUAAAAUUGCUUCAUGGUAAGAAAUGGAAACACAGAACUGUAAGUAGCAUCUUAAAUUUAAAAUCAAAUUCAAAAGAAUUUAAUGAAAAUGAAAAACAAAACAACACAUAGUUCCUUAUUACGAAUUUAAUUGAUUUAAUAAAUGUAGAAAAGAUCAAUAGUUUAUAUCUGAAAAAGUAUUAUAAGUAUUAACUAACUGUAAAAAGUUACACAAAGAAAUACUUUCACCAAGAAAAUCUUCCUGCAUAUUCAUAAUAAUUUAUUGCAACUAACUUCACCCUUCCUUAGACAUUGUAAAUAAUCUAGUUUUGCUCCGAAGAUAAAUCUUUUCGUUUGCGUUUCUGCGAGCGUUCUGCUAAUAGAUAACUCUGAGAAUCGAACCCCUAAUUAUCUUUAAAAGUGAUGAAAGAAUCACACCUACAAAUGGUGAUCUGAUUUGUUGUAAUUUUUUGUCCUAAAAUAUUGUGAAAGCUACACAAAUGUUAUAUUUUAUAUAAUAAAAUACCAGGAAAGAAAAUAAAUCAAUAAAGUUAAAUAAUGUAAAUUAAUUACUCCUCAGGGACUGUACUUUUUAGUGAAAAUGAUGGAGAAUAAAUGAGAAC